AUGGCCACAGAGAUUGUCGCGCCCAUAUCUCCUUUUCUGGGUCGCUCCCUACAGUCAAUGCUGGACACCCCUUCCCCCAUGUCUCCCAACCAUGCAGACCGGCCCCUUCCGGCCAUCCCACGCACGCCAAAAAGUAUGGCACACCAUUCCCUCCCACCCUCUCCGAAAAUCAGCAUAUCCUCGUUCAAAAGGAGGUCUAUGCUUGAGGCGGGACCCUCAAAAUCCCGCACACUGCUACAUCCGACCUUUGGCUCUCGUCGCGCACUAGGUCGCCUACUGAAGCAGCACGGUGUGCUCGCCAAUCUACUCGAUCAUUUGACUUGGGGCGACUUCCAUGCUCUUGCAAGCAGUUGCAAGGAUUUUAGGCACGGCAUGAUCGACUCUUCAGACUGCAGAGAUGUGAUUCUUGCCCGCUAUGUUCCUGGGUACAGCGAUGCCAUCCACGAUGGCGACCGGCAGGAAGUCACGGUUAAUUUCCAUGAUCUGACUUUGCUGGUGAUGUCCCAGUUUGUUUCUCUGCACAAAUACCCCAUGCAUGCGCUGUCCGUGCUCAACAACCUCGCCGCACAGUCCUCGAACCAGUUCGAGCUCUACGAGGCCACCGCAAAGUAUAUUGCCCUCACGCAAGCCCACUCUCGCUUCGUCCUCCUUCUGCAAUCUCUUGUCCACAGUGCUCCCAUGGCUCAUUACAUCGACGACCCCGAGGACAGCUUCGGUUCCUUGGCGUCCCCAGACACCAGAGCCCCACCGUCGCAAGGUGUACGCGAGUUGGUCUUCCCUGCACCCUUGUCGUAUUUUGGAGCUGGCAACUCGCCUGAUGUCGCACAACUCAAUGUCGCACGCCCAGGUGGAGUUAGAAGCAAGCUGCGCCGUCCAACCGCUGACAGUGUCAACACUGUCGUGCCUCGGGCGCUCUCACUUAGCCCUACGCGUGCGUCCAGUGAUUUUCAAGCCUUACUCGGUCACUCGGACCCGCGAAAGGGCAAAGGUCGGCGGAUGUCCGUCUUUGGGGCACCCAAGGUCCCACCACCUCCGCCAUCGUCCCAGCCUGCUGCAAUUCGGUAUGCCAGUGGUUGGCAACGGUCAUCAAAGGUGCUGGUAAUGCCGCCGAAUGGCAGUGUUCGUCUGGCCCAGAACGUAACGUCAGUGUCGGAGGAUGAUCUUAAGGCUCCGAAACGGCGCUUCACGACAGCGACAGCCUCCAGCGAGUCAUCACUGCUCAGCCCCCCGUCGUCGAGGAGCAACACCGAGCAUACGGACAGGAGCUGGUCGCCAGGCCGCCGAAGUUCUCCCAAAGAUCUGCCUGCACCACCUCCUCUUCCCGCUACGCCUUCUGUACCUCGCGGGACAUCCGCUCACGACCUCUAUUUGGCAACUUCUCGCGCCCGUGCGCCCGUGUUGCGCACGUUCGUGCCAUGCACGGAGUUGAAUGAUACGGCCAUCGCCGCAUGCGAAGAGCAGCUUGUCGACGCGGGUCUUUGGGAGCAUCUCUCCGUCGGUGACAUCAUUUGCAACUUUGGAUACGUCCCGCCCGUUGAAGAGGAGCGUCGUGGCUCGUCAGGAGCGGGAAAACAGGUGUGGCUUCUGUAUGAAGGCUCAUGUCUUGUCCCGUACGCCCCUCCGAACCCGCCGCCUGUAGAGGAUCCACUCUCACUGCCCUCUCCGCUGUAUUAUUCUCACAUCCUGCCACCGUUCAGCAACCCGGUGUACAUCCUCUCGCUACCUGCUCUCCCACAAGGCAUCUCAUCUAACGGGUACGAGCGCGGGCACAAUCCCCACCUGCAGCUCACCCUCUCUCACGUGCCAUCCCGGGUGCGGAGCCCCCACUCGCCAUCUGGACAUGCCCUUGUGCGCAAAUACGUGUGGAUUGCGCGGUUGCCCUACGUCGGCCCGGGAUCGGGCGCCGCUGCGGGGCUCGGCAAGGGCUGGCAGGGCGAGUGGAUGCUCGAGGGGGAGGGUACGCGGGAGGGCCGGCAGAGCCUCCUGGACGCCCUGAGCGAUGGCUCGGGUCUCACCCGCAGGGGCAAAUGGGAGGUCGUGCGCGACAAGUCCGGAAGCGGACGGCUGUGGAUGAAGCUGCUCGUUCCUAACAUCGAUCACCACAACCUCACGGAAGACAUCAUUAAUUUACCUCCAUCUAAAACUUCGGCUGGACACUGA